AUGUUUUCCUCGGGAAAUUCAGCGGGAGGCGGUCUUUUUGGUGCGUCUCAGAACAAUCCAGGCUCUUCUUCCAUGUUUGGAUCAGCACAACCAGCGUCUGGAACCUUUGGCCAGAAUACAGCUACGGCUAGCGGCCCAUUGCAAGUGAACACAAACUCUGGUGGUUUAUUUGGCGGUGCUUCCAAAGCUCCCGCCACCUCUGGAGGGCUUUUUGGUUCUUCUAGCGGAGUUGGAGGUGGCGGAUUUGGCCAGACGGGUAACAAACCAGCCACAGCUGCUGGUGGUGGUCUCUUUGGAGGUUCUACCAAUUCUAACACUGGAGGUUUGUUUGGGAAGCCUGCCGGAAUUGCUGCCCCAGCGGCUUCCACAGGUGGAGGAUUGUUUGGCGGAAAUACCCAGCAAAAUCUGGCUGCUGGAGGUGGACUUUUUGGAGGCUCUACAGCUACUUCUGGUGGCUUAUUUGGCAAUAAACCCAGUGGAGCUGCUGGAAAUAGUGGAGGAUUGUUUGGAAGUGGGAACACUGCUUCUGUCAAUACCGGUUCUAGUUUAUUUGGAAGCAAGCCGGCAGCAUCUACAAGUGGAGGACUUUUUGGAACUUCUAAUACAGCCUCUAAUACAGGAGGGGGAUUGUUUGGAUCUCAGCAGCAACAGCAACAGCAACAACAGCAGCAACAACAACAACCACAACAGUCUUCUUUAUUUGGAGUCAAUUCAACCAACAAUGCCCAGCCAGCUUUUGGCUGGAACAGUAGCCAACAACAGAAGUCUAGUUUUGGCACGUCUCAACCAGCAUUAAACAACACAUUUGGUGCAACUAAUCCUAUCGCAUCGGCAGCUCCAGCUUCCAACACUAAUAACAAGUAUACACCAGCAAUAAACGAUCAGUUGAUCAAGAUCAAAGAGCAAUGGGACCCUAAUUCGCCUAAAUGUGCAUUGAAGACUCACUUCUACAACAAAUUCAGUGAGCAGGAAAUCAACAUUCUCUUGAACCAGCAGAGACCUAACAACGAAACCCCAGAAGACUGGGAUAACGCUAUGAGCAAAAGACCCACGGCUAGCCAUUAUCCUAUCAAGAUUUCGUCAUUUAACGAUGUAGCACAGAGAAUAGAAACUCAGCUUGAACAUGUGUCAAAGUCUAGGGUGAUAUUGAAUGAAAUCAACGAGAAACUGAAUGCAUUGUCUUCCAAGCACGAUUUGGAAAAUACUACUAGAAUUUUAAAGGCGAAAGCCAAACAUACAAAGUUGUCAAGAAGGUUGUUGAGAUUGGCCACAGUGUUGGCCAUCUUGAAGUUGAAGGGUUACCCUCUUUUGCCAGAAGAAGAAGAGAUUUCCAAGCAGUUCGAUGUGUUAUCUUCUAAGCUUAAUGAUCCAAACAGUCCCGUAGGGAAGUUGAGUGACGUCUUUGCCAGAUUGGCAAUCUUGAAAGAGAGAGCCGAGGACUUGAACUACCAGUUCGAAGUCUCUAUUGGUGGGUUGAACGGUUUGGCUAAUGAUGACAAACAGGAACAGAGAGUGGCUGAACAGAAAAACAGCAAUAUCGAAGAGACCAUCAACAAGUUAUCCAAGGUUCUCUUGAAGCAACAAAUGGGAUUGAACUACUUGAACGAGGUGUUGGAGAAGGAUUUGGAGGUGGUGGAAAAGGUUGCUUCUCGCUAAGAGAAGAUCCUACUAAUGUAUAUUAAAUAGAUCACAACAAAAGUAAUAGUAGAUACUGCUAAGUGCU